AUGUCGCGGCCGCUGCAACACUACGUUUUUCCACAACCCAUGAUGAUGCCUAUGUCAGUGCCGCAGUUUGUGGCGUUACAGCAGCAGCAACAUGUUCAGCCUGUCGUUGCGCUUUCCGCGAUGAUGAUCAUGCCUCCUCCUGUCACCGUCAUGCCCAUGUCGUUUCCGUUGACAAUGUCCAUCUUGCCACCUGGAGCUCCUCGAGCAACCCUAAUUCCGUCGAGCAGAGGCUUCAAAGUUGUUUACUUUGGGUACGCACCCACUGAAAGCCGUCAGCCUUGGUGCGCAAUCCACGCCUCCUGGGUGAACAUCGUGCCCAGCCGCGACGGGCUUUUAGCGGCCAUUGCAUCGUGGACUGGACUUCAUGGCCUGGCGAUCCGACAUGCUAGGGGCAGGAUCGACGCCGCCAAGGUGAAGUUAUACGUGAUGCCGAGGGACAGUUCGGGCAGAGACGGGGGAUUGUACGGAUUGCAGAUCGUGUCGGGGGAAGGGCUGGUGCUGCCGGCGGAUGUUGUGAAAGUGGUGACGCUGGAUGUUGACGAGAGCGUCUGGGAGGAGGUUGUAAGGGAUGUUAGGAGGGAGGGAUAUGAGGCGCUUGUUGUGGUGGAUAUGAGCGUGAGUGCUCCUGAUGGUGGUGGUGAUGGUGAUGCAACUCCAGCUCCUGAUACUGCUACAAGCACAGGCUGA